ACGUGCCCCCCCUAUAUUUUAUCCUUUCCUUAAUUCUCUUAUUCUUCUAAAUUGAUUUUCCUCCCUCAAAAUCACGUGCCCUCCUUUCAUCAUAACAGAAUUUGAUUCCUUUUGAUCACAAUUUUAAUUUGAUUCCUUCUGCUCACAUAUUCCUUCCUCUCCAAGUUGAAAUUCCUUUUCUUAUAUACAGAUCCCAGCCUCAGAAGCCACCGUCCUUCACCUCUAUUCCGCCGGUCAACCACCAAUUCGUCUCCUUCACCACCGAAAACACCAUAACCAUAUUUUGUUCCUCUUCGUCUCUCCAAAAACAGAGCAACAAGGCUCGAUAAGUUACGCCGCACAACUCCAAAAGAUCUGAACGCAAAGUUUUGGUCUACUCUUUGUGCUUCGAUACUCUCUUGUUUGAGUAGGAUUCGAGUUCGUCGGCAAGGUUUGAGUUUCUCCUGUGGGGUUCGGUCAAUCUGCCACCUGUUCGAGGUCUCCAUUCAAUUUUCCGGUCCAGGCCCCGUUCUUCAAUUUUGGUGGAGAUCUAGUUGGCGAUUCUGUCCCAUUGCGUUGCGAAACUAUCAAACAAUUAAAUUUCAGCUCCUUGGUUGAAGAGCAGGUGGAGAGGGAUAUACACACACAGAAAAAACGAAGAGAUUUUGGGUAAAAGAAGAAGCUAAGGAAUUUUAAGAAGGGAGAUUUGGGUUUUGAAGAAUGAGUGCGUCUAGGUUAAUAAAGUGUGUCACCGUUGGCGACGGAGCUGUGGGUAAAACUUGUCUUCUCAUUUCCUACGCCAGCGACACUUUUCCCACUGAUUGCGUCCCAACUGUAUUCGACAAUUUUAGUGCAAAUGUGGUUGUCGAUGGGAUCACUGUCAAUCUGGGGCUGUGGGAUACUGCAGGCCAGGAGGAUUACAAUAGAUUAAGACCGUUGAGCUAUCCUGAGGCAGAUGUAUUUAUACUGGCGUUUUCUCUCAUUAGCAAAGCGAGCUAUGAAAAUGUCUCCAAAAAGUGGAUUCCUGAGUUGAGGCAUUAUGCUCCUGGAGUUCCAAUUAUUCUUGUUGGAACAAUGCUAGAUCUCCAAGAGGAUAAGCAAUUCUUCCUGGACCAUCCAGGUGCUGUUCCACUUACCACGGCUCAGGGUGAAGAGCUGAGAAAGUCGAUUGGUGCUUCCGCUUACAUUGAAUGUAGUGCAAAAACACAACAGAAUGUGAAGGCUGUUUUUGAUGCCGCCAUUAAGGUGGUUCUACAACCACCCAGACAAAAGAAGGAAAAGGAGAGAAAGGGUCAAAAAGCCUGCCCUAUCUUGUGAUUGCUGAAAUAAUAGACAAGCGAUGGAGAUGUAGAUUGUUAUCAAUGUCUUCCAAAUUCAAAGAAUGCAGUGUAAGGUUCAACGUUGGUAGUCCUGACUGACUAUGAUAGGAAAGCAUGAAUCUGCAUUGUCCGUAACAUUGUAGGCCAAGAUGUAUAUUUGUGAUCCGCAUAUGGUUGGGGUUACAGAUGUGCAAAAUUCUCUGUUUCGCGUUGAUUCUGUGUAAUAUAUUAUGUAACACUUGUGUGAUGAUUCCCUUGAAUUUGCAUCUACUAUGUGUUGUUAAAAUAUAACCGGACAUACUGAUUUAGAUUGUCCAAGAAGUUGAAUUUGCUAUGUCA